AUGGCAAAGGCAUCCGAUCGUAUCAUCACCGCGUUACGGCAGUACACGACAUGCGAUAUCUCUGACGCGCUCUGCAAGCUCAAGUACCCUAACGGCGGUUUCCUCUCAGGCUUGACCAUGUGGUCGCCCACUCAGCAAGCUGGACCGACUAAGAUCGUUGGCCCGGCUUACACGGUCAAGUAUGUCAAGCUCGACGAUCCGACUCCCAAGCUGCCGACACACUAUAUCGAUACUGUACCUGAAGGGUCCGUCAUCUUCGUGUCAUGUCCGCCAAAGGUGCCCAAUGCCGUCUAUGGCGGACUCAUGUCGAUGCGGGCCAGGGCCAGCAAGGCGGUUGGAUCCGUCAUUGACGGAAGGUUCCGCGACUUAGAAGAGCAACGCAGCUUGGGUUUCCCGAUCUUCGCGCGUGAUGUCGGAACCGCGCCGCCGUACGAGCUCGUUAAGGUGACGGCAGUAAAUGUUCCCGUGAGGCUCCAAGCCGAGGAGCAAGACAUUACCAUCAACCCCGGAGAUUAUCUUAUUGCCGAUUUGAACGGCGUGGUGGCGGCCGAUACUAAAGUGGCCGCGGCACUCCAGGAAGGCAUCAGCUUUACGGAGGCCAGUGCCAAGUUCAGAGAGUAA